AAAUACAAGGCAGAAAUACAAAUUUCAGAAACGGAAGCAGCACAAAAGCUACUUUCAGCGGCACAAACGUAGCACUAACGAAUGAGGCAGGUGUUACCAAUUUCCUUUUUACCUGGGCAGCAGAGGGAGUGUCAUGAUGGAACUGGGUUUGCUUAGAAAUGAGUCCCAGGAAAACACUUCUCUCUCCUCUUCCUCCUUCGCUGGUCUGGACCUCCUGUUUGACCUGAAGCCUGUUUUCAUACCGCUGUAUGCAUUGCUGGUGCUGGUUGCCUGCUGUGGGAACCUCCUGCUCAUCGUGCUCAUUGCCAUUAAUAGGAAGCUGCACAGCACCACCAAUUUCCUCAUCGGGAACCUGGCGCUCGCUGACCUGGUCAUGUGUCUCUUCUGCGUCCCGCUCACUGCCUCCUACGCCUUUGAGCUGCACGGCUGGCUUUAUGGGAGCUUCAUGUGUCAUUUUGUCAUGCUCAUGCAGUCCACCACCGUGUUUGUGGCCGUGCUGUCCCUCACUGCCAUUGCAGUGGAUCGCUACGUGGUUGUGGCGUAUCCCAUUCGAAGACGAAUUGGCUGGCGCUGCUGCAUCUAUUUGGUUGGUACGAUAUGGCUUUGCUCCUUGGCCCUCUCGUCUCCAGCCUUUCUGCACACCAGCUACCUAGAUCUGAGCACUACAGGAUACACCAUGGCAAUCUGUGAGGAGUUCUGGAGAGACCAAGAACAGCAAAGGCUGAUCUACUCCUGUUUUGUACUCCUGCUGUCCUACUUUAUCCCUCUCUCUGCAGUCUCUAUCUCUUACUGUGCCAUCUCCAACCAUCUGCGCAAACGGAGCAUGCCAGGGGCUGCUGUAGCAGCCUCCUCUAACCGAGAGAAGUGGGCGCACAAGAAACACAAGACCUUCCGACUCCUGCUGGUGUCUGUGCUCUGCUUUGCUUUCUCCUGGCUCCCCCUGCAAGUGGUUAAUCUCAUCAGGGAUCUGGAUUCAGACUUCACCAUUCUGGGGAAGAAUUACAUCAAUGUGAUCCAAGUCUCCUGCCAUCUGGUGGCCAUGAGCUCUGCCUGCUACAACCCUUUCAUCUAUGCCUCGCUGCACGAUAAGUUCCGCUUCUACCUGGGAAGAUAUUUCUACCCACGCCAGCGGCACAGCGGAGGGAGCAGUGUCCACACCUCCCAGCGCAUCCCACGUGUCCACACGUGCUCCACCCUAGCAGACAUACCGAUGGUCAUCACAGACAAGCUGGUACUGGAGGGACGCUUCUCAUUUAACUAGAGCCUCCACCCCAGCAAAAACCAGCCAUCUGGGUUAACCACUUACCACCUCUACAACACUUUUAUUGAAAGAAUUGUAAAGGGUUAAAAAUAAUCGAAAAAUUUGAAAACAUUACAAAGGAGACUUUUUGUGAUAUUCUGAUGGCUUCAAAGCUCAAGAAACGUUUAGGUCAAAAUUCUUUUGAGAUGCGCUGUGCAUUCCAAGCUGAGACAGGAGCCGAAUGAUUUUUCAUGAAAUGCUGAAUACCAGUAAUUGAAAAUUCUGUUUCUGCAUCUCUCAUUGUUGUGGCUAAUAGCCUGAACAUUCAAGAGCAGCAGUGAGAGGAAAAGCCAGUAUUGACUGCAGGAAGCAAAGUGGUGAGGCAACUGACCCAAGCUGACUUUACUGGAAGGAAACUGAGGACCUUAACAGCUCAGUGUGAAACCUAUAGGAAAAACAUUGAACUACUGUGACAAUUUAAAAGAGAAUGACGCAAGCUUUUAAGGACAGAAUUUCAGGUUAGUCAAUCACAGUGUUGUGCUCCGACACGUAUACUGUGCGUAUUUUGAUUGGAUCUCAGAAAAUGUAAUGUGGGAUGUUACUUGUUAAAAGCAAAUUGUGCCUUAUUAAUUACAAAUGAGUGUAUUCUACAGUGCAAAGCAUAAGAAAAAUGAGUGCAAACAAUGAUUAAAGGACAGUUUAACAAUUAAUUAUAUUAAGCGUUAUUAGUGUAAUUGACAUUUAUAAGUGUGCUAGUAAGUGUGCUACCACAACAAUUGCAACCAUAGGCUAUAGGAAAUUGGUUUAAUCUGUACAUCUCUUAUCACAAUCAGCCUGUGACACACAACACUAGGUAUACACAACCAGCUGUUUACCAUGUUUCUGUUGUCCAGCUUUCUAACAUGAUUCUAACUUGUCUGUUGUAUUAAGAUGCAACAUCUUAAUACUGUCUUAUUUAUCAUGACUACAGGACCACUGUACUUAAAAUAUUUAGCAUCCAAUACAAGAAUACUUAGACCAAAAGUGCAAAACACUACAUAUCAUCUACAGCUAAAGAUGCUAUUUAAAAAAAGUUAAAUAAUUCACAGAUGUAUUAGGAUUGUUAAAUUGUAGACAAUCCCGUAAAGCAAAGAAUAGCAAAAAAGAUCAAUUUGAAAGCUAAUUAUUUGCCUAUAUUAUUCAAAAGCACACAGUCAAAGUUUCUAGAAAUAAAUUGGUAUCUCUACCAGGAACUAAAUUCCAGAUGUGUUUACAACCAACUAUCCAAGUUCAACAGUCAAAUUGUAAUUAUGAAUUUACAAUAAAAUUUGAAACAAACUUAUCUAGCUGAAAAUGUUUCAGUGUGUCCUCUAGUGUAUUUUAGUGCUUGGUUCAUUGUAUUAUGUACAAGUUUAACUACUUUAGGAAAAAUAGUUUGAGCACUCUGGUACUUAUACUUUUCUGUUUUACUAAAGGUAUGCUAAACAGAAAACAUUUAAUUUGAAUGCAGAUCUUGUAAAAAAAACAACACAAAACUCAAUGGGAACUUUCUCAAUUAUAAUUGUACUUUCCAUGGAUAUUGUUGUGUGAAUGUGAACGGGUAGCUUUACCAUUUUUAUACAGCAAGAAAGUACAAAUUACAUCACUGGGGGUGAGUGUGGUUAGGAGGGUACCGGAAUUGGCCAAUUUAGGAAAAACUGUGAAUGUCUUGAUCAUUAGUACAGAUACGAAAACCUGAAUCAUGACAAAAUCAUUAUUUUUUCUCUGGGGUCAACUUGGUUUACCUCUGGUUUUCAAUUUGUGACAACCAUAUAUGAUCUUUAAAUUGAACACCACUUUAAGAUGCAAGGUCAUUACAGGUUAUUUUGCCAUGGUGCACAUCUUUCUAACUUGUGGAGAAAGCCUUAUUUAGCCACACAUGCUGUUUUUACUAGGUUUGUUUCCUUUCUCUCAGUUUGGAAAAUGGAUGUAAAGUCCUCAGAUCUCUAGCAGACUUUGAAGAGCCACUCAAUGUGCAAGAGCAUGCAAUUAAUUACUAAAUCAAUCUUCUCCGCCUACAGAUGAAAUAUAAUUAGCUAUGUGGAAACAACAAUACUUAUAAGGUUUUUAACUAUUGCAUAUUCUGAUCCUCAAAAAUAAUGGAACACUCAUGCAAACUGAUUUAAUCAAAUCCAAAUUCAGGAAGGUCUCCCUCACCUCUGCUGCACUAACUCGGAAUUCUCUACGAUAUAUGUCCUUCCUCCACUCCAUCCCCAAAUUCAUUGUGGAACAAAACUUCUGGAUUGCAGGAAUAAUAACCUGGUUGACUCAAGCACUUUGCCAAUGUAUCACUGAGCAGUAAGGUUGCCCUCUAUCUGCAUUGUUGGGGCCUUGUUGUGUUAUAGGCAUGAUCACACUUUCACUGCCUCACCUGUUCUCAUGAGCAGUGGAACAAGAAAAAAGACACACAAUUUCUUUAAAAAACAGGUGUGCAGUGUUCAAAUGCAUUGAUAAGAAUUCUGUAUAAAUAGAUGUUCAAAAAGACAAUAAAAUACAACCAUCCCCCUUUUGAGUGAUGAAGAUUGCAUGGUCACUGUUUGUAAGAUUGAAGACAGCCUCUCUGUAUGAGGAGUGGACCAGAGAAUAAGAUAUUCUGUUUCAAUAAUCAGGCCACAUCCUUGAAGGCAAAGAGCCUUUGCACAGACCUAGGACUGUCAUGCCAUUCUCCUGCAGCAUGAGGUACAGCAGGAGGAACCCCAAGAAGAAAUAAAUUGCAUUUCAGCAGAUUGACUGUAUCACUGUGUCUGCAUGAAAAUGAUCAGCAUGCUUGGAGGCCGUUCAGGGCUAACAUUGACAGCUGACAGUUAACAUCUGUCACCAUGGCAGUACACACAACAGCUAAAAUGGAGUGGUGAGUGGCUUGGUCAUUGAUGAAAGCCACUUUACCCUUUACAGACCUGAUGGAAGACAAGAUGUGGGUAGAUGGUUUAUUUGGCAAUGGUUUUAAUGUGAUUAUUAGAUCUCGGAGAACAUAAUGAAAUUUCUUAUUAACCACUCCACGUUGGAUCUUGGUAACAGGGAGAAACAUUACGCCUUUUAAGAACGGGUGAGAAAUAUCUAGUAGAUUGUACAGUACAUUUGUGCUUAGUGGCUGAAAGACUACCACUAUCAGAUCCACCAUGUAAUGAAUUACUGCAAAAUCUCAACAAAGAAGUCUAAAGAAGUUAAGAAAACAGAUAAAUCCUAUUUAACUCUACAAAGAACUCUUUUGUUUUGACAGGUUUUUGUAUACGCACAUUUCGGCAGAGCUUGUGUAUCUAUCACCACUUGUGAUAGUAUCAUAAAAUAAUUGUCAAAAUUUCUCAGAGUUCUUUGAAUUGUUGGAACUUGACCUGUUCCGAUUCUGAAAAGGAAACGGAAAAGGCUAAAUGAGCGCUAAUGAUUUGGCAAUAUGGUUCCAUUAGGUUCUUUAAAGCCACACUUGCACCAAGUAUUCAGAAAUAGAUUAACAGUUUUAACACAAAUUAAAUUUUCUACAUCAUCACAUACAACUUUUUGUGUAGCAGUGAAAUCACUUGGGCCUUUUCUAAUCAGAUUUUAAUGUGUCUUGUGGUGUAAAUUAACGCCCAGUGUGCCAUGCUCUAUGUAAUAUGUUCAGCUUUUGAAGAAAAAACAAAUUCUGUCUGUACUAGAGGUAUGAUAAAUAAAAACUCUGUAACCAGAUCCAAGUCUCUUGUAAAGAAAACAACACACAUGUAAACAAUGAAACUCACUGGGAGCUUUCCUAAUUUUAAUUGUACUUUCCAUGGAAAUGACUGUAUGAAUAUGUACGAGUAUCUAUACCAUCCUUACUAAGAACGAAAGCAUGAAUAAUAAUAAAGCAUGCCUAAUAUGGGUGCAGAUAUGAAGUUAACAGAAUAAGCCAUUUUAGGAAAAACUAAAUGCCUUUAUCACCAAUACAGAAGAUAGGAUCUGAAUCAUGUGAUAAAACAAUCAUUGUUUUUUUCACUGGGGUCAAGUUGGUUUGUUUCUAUGGUGUCCAGGCUAGAACCACUGUGUUUCAUCUUUAUAAUAAACAAUUUACACACUGGGA